UUUUGUUAAUUAACUUCUUUCUCUUUUUAAUUAAUCAAUUUUACCUGGAUUUAUAUUUAACACUGAUCGUGUGUGUUUCUAUUCUCACUUUAUACCUGUUCCAUUUCUGACUGAAAGAGUUAAAUUGUUGUAAUUCUUUGGGUUUCUUAUUUUUGGCUCUUCAAUAUUUGUCAAUCUCUUUUUCUUUUAAUUUGUUGGUUGAUUCUUUUUUCUUCUUUUACUCUAUUAAUUAUUUAUUGCUGUUAAUCAUUUAAAACUUGAGUGUUCUAUUUGUUCAAUAUCAUCAUGUUAAAUGAAGAAGAUGAUCUUCGAUCCAAAUUGGACCAAUCGGCUGUUACAUUGGCUGAUAAGGUUCGCAUAUUGGAUGCCUGGUCUAAGUAUAUUAGACUUCAUAGAGAACGGCAAACUAAUAUUGAAACUGCCAAAGCUGUUCUUGGAAAUUGUCCUGAUAUGUGCCCAGAAUUUGAAAGAUAUUUUAGAGAAGAAAAUAAACAAUUAUCAUCGCUGGAAAUGUUCAACAAUGAACCUGAUCCACAUGCUAUGGUUAAAGAAUAUCGUAGAGCUGGUGCUGAUCAGGAAGAACCUUUGCCAAAUGAACUACGAUCACCUGAAGUUUUAUCUCGAACUAUGGAUUAUCUUAUAUGUAAUAUUAUUGAUCGCGUUGAAAAUGAGCCUGGUAUUGUUAGCGAUUGGUAUGAUUUUGUUUGGAGUCGAACUCGAGCCAUUCGUAAAGAUAUCACUCAACAGCAUCUCUGUGAUCCAAUAAGUGUCGCACUUUUGGAAAAGUGUGCUCGUUUUCACAUCCACUGUGAUCAUGCCUUAAUUGAAGAAGAUGCUUCUGUUUUUGAUUCCAAGAUCAACCAUGAGAAUCUGAGUAAAUGUCUCCAGUCUCUCAAAGAUUUUUACAAUGAUCUCAAUAUAAAAGGAACCGCAUCACCAAAUGAAUCUGAAUUCCGUGGUUAUUAUCUAUUGUUAAAUCUUGGUCGACCUGAUAUCCUUCGAGAGGUCAAACUAUUCCAUACUUCAGUGAGAAACUCAGAGCCUGUUCAAUUUGCCUUGAAAUGUCAUUUCGCCAUGAAUACUAAUAAUUUUAUCAAAUUUUUUGACCUUGUCAGAAGUACUACCUAUCUAAAUGCAUGUAUACUUCAUCGAUAUUUUUAUGAAGUUCGUCUUCAGGCUUUCAAGAUCAUGAGAAAAGCAUAUACAAUAACCAAUCAAAUUGAAAUCUACCAAUUCUCGGAACUCACUCGUCAACUUGGAUUUGAACAUGAAGAUGAAAUUAGAGUUUUCUGUGCAAGUAUUGAAUUAGAAUGUGAAAAUGAUUCAGUUCUACUGAAAAGAGGAAAAACCAAUGACGGAAGGGCCAAUAUUCAAAUUAUCCGAUCAAAAGCAUUGAUCUCAUCGAAAAGACUGGAGAAAACAUUAAGUGAAAUAGUCCAGGGUGGACCAAUUCCAGAGAAUCCAUAUAAAAAGUUUCCACUUCACAAUAGUUUCGAUUCCAAUGGACGUUUGAAAAAAGAAUCUCUUAUUGGAACUGAGAGGAGAACUCGUCAAAUAGUUGGAAGCUCAUCAAUUGAUCGAACACCAAUACCUCAACCAUCUCAACAACAACAACAAAGUCGAAUCAGAGAAGAUGUAAUAAAUCAAGCGUCCAUUCAAUUAGCUCAAAUGCUGCUUCACGAAGUUAUUAGAGAAACCGUUAUAUCCAAUGCUGGGAAGGUUCGAACUCAUAUUAAAUGGGAAAUUCUUUCCGCUCGAGAAGCUGAAAGAAUCUGUAAUAGUCUCAUCUCCUUUAUCGUCUCCGAUAUUAUUAGAUCAUCUUAUCAUUCUGUUGCUCGUCAAAUCAAAGAAGUUGAAAUACGAGCCAAAGAUUAUCGAAAUGCUGUUGAUACUGUUUCCAAUCAAUUGUGCGAUUCGUUGGUGAACCAUUAUAUUCUUGGAAGUCUCAGAAAUUCAGCUAUAUCCAUUUUAAAUGCUUCUAUUAAGGAUCACAAUGUGAGGAAAAGUCGACUCUUGGUUGAAUCUAUUCUGGAAGAAGUGGUCAAUGAACAGACCAAACUGAUUGCUCAAAAAUGUUACGAAAAGUUAAAAAAUCAAGAAGAAUUAGUUAAAUAUAUGAAAGAGAAACGAUCUCAGCGUUUAGCGAAACAUUAUUUUUCCUAUUGGAGGAAAAUGUGCCUUAAGGUAAAACGUUAUCGACAAAUAAGAGCGACAUUUCCUGCUGCUAAUGUUGAAUGUUUAAGUCCACGAAUUGAAUCAAUCCAAUUAAAACGAAAAGUUGUCACUGUUUUAGAAUCAACUGAAUCACCUAUCGAACCAAGUCCAGGGAAACAGAAGAAAUCAGAAUCAAAUGAACCUCGAAUGGAAUCAAUGAUGAAUAUACUCAAGCCUAAAAUGUUUGCCGAACAAGUGACCAAUUUAAGUAGUACCCUUGAUCCCGUUGGCGCGAUUGAUGAUUCAUCACCAAUGGAGAAACUUAAACGUAAAUUAAGCGUUGAAAAAGAAUUAGGUCAUUCAUUACGACGAAGUAUCGAAACAUAUCGACAAUUUUCCCAAUUCGAUGAAAAUGGCCCAAGAGAUGACAUUAGUUCGAAAUAAAAACCCUCCAACACAAAAAAACGAAAGAAAAAACUCCAACAAUCUAAUUAAUCUUAAUAUUCAUAACAUUGAAUUUCACCCAAACAACAAUUCCAAGUGUUUAACUAAUUUCUACUUUUAAUGUGUUAUAAUAAGAAAAAAAAAUUGGAAAAAGUUUGCAUAAAUGAUUUAGUCAAUUUGCAAGAAAAUUAGAUGACCAAACAAUUUAUAAUGUGACCAAAUAAUUUAUUAAUAGAGACGAAAAAAGAUAAUAAAUUUUCUUGGAAUAAUUAA